AAUAUUCUUUAUACAGAAUACUUGUAGCAUGGAGGACAUGUACACGUAAUUCAUUAUUCAUGGUCAUUCAAACGGUUUAUACUAUAUCUCUAUUGUUUGAUGUGCAUCAGCUCACAAGUUUCGAAAUUUCCAUACAGAAUCGUUUUGAAGGGAAAGAAAAGGAAAAGGGGCAGGAAUUUGGAUUUAUCUGGUGCAGAAAACGGCAUAAACGAAGCAGGUGCACAGGCAACGAGGCACGAACAUUGGACACACAGACUGCGCGAUACACGAGGGGACGUGCUCUCUUUGCAAUUUCAUAACUUAGAAUAUUUGCAAUCAAGUGCCGAUUUUUGGCUUGUAAAUCCACACUCAAUCUCUUGCUUCUUUCCAAAACCACCUAAUUUAUUCCUCUCGAUCGCGGGGAGGGAAUUGGUUCCUUUGCUUGAAGAAAUACGAUCCCCUUCUUGGUUUCUAGUGAAGGAGUUUAACUUUGUUUUGCAUUGCUUCAUCAUAUUUCAAUCGGAGCAAAUUUUUUGGGGUAUUGUGAAUUCAAGCAUGGGGGAUCAUUUUGUUUUGUUGGUGGAUCGUUUGCUAACUGAGUCUACUUUGGAAGCUGCAAUUGAGAGCAGAAAGCGGUCUUUGCAAGCCACAUCCUCGGCUGUGGAUGAAAGAAAAGAUGAUAACAUAUCCCAGAAGGUGGAUUUUGGAGACAUAUUGGCCCCAGGGAAAUUGGUGGAGUGCAGGAUAUGCCAGGAGGAGGAUGAAGACUUAAAUAUGGAGACCCCAUGCUCUUGUUGUGGUAGCUUGAAGUAUGCUCACAGAAGAUGUGUACAGAGAUGGUGUGAUGAAAAGGGAAACACAAUAUGUGAAAUAUGCCAGCAGGAAUUUAAGCAUGGUUAUACUGCACCAACUCCUCUAUUUCAAUUUGGGCGUGUUCCAAUACACUUCAGGGGAAAUUGGGAUGCCAGAAGAGGAUUACGUGGACCCCGCUACAUGGCAAUGGUCUCAACUAACCAUAAUCUAUCAGAAUAUGAAGACUAUUCAGCUUCAACUACAAGAAACUUGAUUUGCUGCCCGUCUGUUGCUGUAAUUUUCACUGUUCUUCUGAUUCUACGACAUACUCUUCCCAUGUUUCUUAGUGAAACCGAUGAAUUAUCUUUCCCAUUAUUUGUGUUGUUAUUUCUACGAAUUGCUGGAAUUGUUAUUCCUGUAUAUGUUAUGACAAGAGCAGUAAUUGCGCUACAACGACACCGACGCCAACUUGAGCCGGCAAACCCGCCAUUAACUUCGAUGAAUGAAGCAGCUGAGAAUUCUAACAUUCAGCCUCAUAUAAUUCAUUUUGGUUAAGUUGGGUGGACGUAGAACCAGAUUGUGAAACAACUGCAUCUGCCAAUCUUCAAUAGUCUGUGUUCUAAGGUGGAUGAAGACAAUGCUGUUGUUCAGUUCCAAACCAUCCGAAGAUUGGAAAGGUAAAAUUAGAGAUGCUGUGUCAUUGAAAAGUCUCAGAGACCUACAGGCAGUUCCACCACGACGAGAACUAUCAAGCAAUUCAACAACAUUGUGUAGUCCUCAUGUCCAAUUCUGGUUCAGUCAACAAACAUUUCCCUCGUCUUGUAUGGGGAUUAUGAUCAAGAAAAGAAAAAAAAUAGACUUGUAAUGUUACUAAUGUAAAUAACUCUGGCAUUUAUCACUCAAAUACCCUGGAAUACAUGGUAAUAGAGUUAAAACGGCAUGUUAACUGCUUCUCUCUU